AUGACUAUCCGUGGAGCGGAUCAUGGUGGUUUGGAUGGGAUCGGUGUUACCGGUACCAACAUUUGGAUCCAUGAUAUAAGCAUCAUGGCCACGAACAAGGAUGAAUGCGUGACAACCAAGAAUAUACUGAUUGAAAAUGCGUGGUGCAACAUCAGUGGUGGACGCGCAAUGGGCUCUUUGGGAAGCAGCGUCAAUAUCACCAAUAUGUACCUCGACCAGAUGUUCAUGAUAGACGCUCUACAGGGGGGUUUCUAG